AUCUUGAAAGCGUAAUUGUUGUCAUGUUUACGUUGUGUGGAAGGUGAAAUUCGUAAUUUUUAUGUUAUCAAAUUAGAACAAUUUUGAUGUAAUUGGCCAGACUUUAAUUCACAAGCAAAAUGUUUUAUGCACAUUUUGUGCUGGCCAAAAAGGGCCCACUGGCCAAAAUUUGGCUGGCCGCCCAUUGGGAUAAGAAGUUAACCAAGGCUCAUGUAUUUGAAACUAACAUAGAGAAGUCUGUUGAUGGAAUUCUGAAACCCAAAGUUAAGAUGGCUCUGCGGACAUCAGGCCAUCUGUUGCUUGGUGUUGUUAGAAUAUACUCUAGAAAAGCAAAGUACCUUUUGCAAGACUGUAAUGAAGCUUUUGUUAAGAUCAAAAUGGCCUUUAGGCCUGGUAUGGUAGACUUGCCUGAGGAACAUCGAGAAGCAGCUAUGAAUGCUAUUACAUUGCCUGAGGUGUUUCAUGAUUUUGAUACAGCAAUGCCUGAACUUAAUGAAGUAGACAUUGAAGCCCAAUUCUCCCUAAAUCAAUCACGGGCAGAAGAGAUUACAAUGAGAGAGGAUUAUGGGUCCUUAAACUUAGUCACUCAUGAUGAUGGUUUUGGUGAUAUGGGAUUUGAUACAGAAAAUCCAGAUAUAAUGAGAGAUGCCAUUGGAAAUGAGGGUGGAUUGGAACAAAGCAACCUGUUAUUUGCGGAAGGAUCAUCUCUUGAAUUAGGGAAGGAUGGACAAAAUGCAGGGGUAGGUGGAGCUGCUCCAGUCCUGGCAGAAUCUCAUGCACCAAGGAUGGAAGCUGCCCCCAACACUCACUUGGAUGACGGCUUUGGCGGUUCUAUACCCGAUGUUGGAGAUUUUGGACACGCCGGCGGUUUGUUUGAGGGUGAUCUAUUCGGUGACGUCACAGCAAGUAGUUCAGGCGCCGGCGCUACACCCGGAAUGGCCGGGACAUCUGCGCAGCCGCAAUCAUUGCAGGCUGAAAUAGACGCAGCCGGAGUGGGCGGUGGCGACACGGCAGCGGCUCCUGAAGCCCCUGACUCUGACGAUGACAUGGGAGACCAUUAUGACGCCGGGGAUUCUCCACAUCACAGUUGGGCGGGAUCUCCUGCGCCGGAGUGUCCCCCAUCCGAAGAUGCCGCUAUGCCACCUCCACCACCGCCCAUGCAGCCUACACUGCCCAUACCUAUGGAAGUAGAUGGGAUGGACUCCCAACCGGAAAUAGUGCGGCCGGAAGUGCGUGCAGAGACACCUGCGCCUGCGCUCGAUUCUACUACUUUGCUGCAAAACGAGGAAGAAUCCUUCGCUUUGGCUCCAGUCGACGCUACUGUGCUUAAAGGCAUCACAAAAACGAAACGUAAGCGUAAACUUAUAGUGGACGAAGUCAAGAACUUAACCGGUGAAGAGAUGAAGAACCAGUUGAGCAAUACGUCUGAUAUCGUGAUAACACUGGACCUGGCUCCUCCAACCAGGAGAUUGAUGCACUGGAAGGAAUCCGGAGGUGUUGAGAAAUUAUUCACAUUAUCCGCUAGGCCUAUACCUUCGAGGGUCCUGUUCAAGAAAUACCAACGCAACAUGACCCUGCGCAGUGAAAACGAAGAUGGCGAUGCGAAGUCUCCGGAGCCCGAGCAGCCCGUUGCGAAGCCCAGAGGAAGGAAACGAAGGCACGAGGAGAUUAUUCACCACGCACCGGAAACACCUGUGCCGGCGCUUCUACCUGACAUACAGCCUCCGACUCCCGUGCCUCAAGAAUAUGAGCCUUCUAUUGAGUCAGAACGAGUGCCUGAACCCACUCCUGGAUACCAGUCACCGAGGUCUGAUGAUGAAUCUCCUCUCACUCCAGGUAUGCUGAGCAGCAUCGGUGCCCCAUUGACUCCUGGUAUACUGGGCUCUCUGACACCUGGAACUCUUCUGCAAGGUGGCAUCACGCCAGGUUCACUUGGACAUGGAGCAUUGACGCCAGGUGGCUUGACUCAUGGCGGCAUGACUCCAGCUGGUCUUCAUCAUGGUGACAACCAACCGUUAGACCUUGGCUUAGCCUCUAGUGGAAUGACACCCUCGGCAUUGCACCAUGGCGGCAUGACUCCAGGAUUAGGUUUGGACAGUGGUAUGACCCCAGGUGGUCUCGGCCACGGCGGUCUUACACCUGCCGGCCUACAUCAUGGAGGAAUGACACCAGGUGGUUUGGAUCACGGAGGAAUGACGCCAGUUGGCCUACAACAUGGCGGUAUGACUCCCGCUGGAUUACACCAUGGAGGAAUGACACCGGCUGGUUUAGGACACGGCGGAAUGACGCCGGCGGGCUUGGUUCACGGUGGAAUGACUCCGGCAGGUUUAGGGCACGGAGGAAUGACCCCAGCAGGAUUGGGACACGGUGGAAUGACCCCAGCCGGUUUGAGUCACGGUGGAAUGACACCCGGUGGAUUGGGUCACGGAGGAAUGACACCAGCAGGAUUACAACACGGAGGAAUGACGCCGUCAGAUUUAAGACAUGGUGGAAUGACGCCUACAAGAGUGUUAUUUCCAGGUGUUCAGCACAGUGGUCUUUUGCACCCCAACUCUGAACUGCCGAUGAUGCCCCAGGGUGGAUCCCACAACCCUCUUCUGGCUACUGCAGACCAUCUGCACUCUAUGAGCAGAGGGGACUACCAGAAUGGGUUGACGAAUUUAGGCUAUGAUGACCAACAGGGUCAUAACAGUCCACAGCAUGAUUAUGACUUACCUUUGAGUGUUGAGAACCCGGAAGAGGGCAGAGACAGCGAAUGGCGUGAGGCGGGUGAGACAGACGAACAGUUCGAGGAGCGAGUCUUGAAUCGUCGUGCUGCGCAGCUCUUCUCCUUAAUGAAGCCCAAACUCAUCGGUGAAGCGAGCAUCAUGUUUGCAGAGCUUGCACCGAGGCAUAAUAAUAGGAAACAGGUUGCCCAGAAAUUCUACAGUUUACUAGUUCUCAAAAAGCAUCAAGUAUUGAAACUAGAACAGAACGAGACAUACGGACCCAUUACUAUAUCCCGGGGCACCCAGUUCGAAACGGAAGCACUAUAAGUCUAAGCGAGGGUUAGUUUUUUUAAUAGCAGCUCUCCUAACUGAUAAGGAUUUUUAUAAUCAUUUAUUUACUGUAAGAGCAACUAGUAUGGAAAGUUUUGUCAGCACAGGUUUUAUUAUUUUUUCUUGAGCUUAGGAUAUCAACCCUUAUAAAAGCAGUUAUUUUCUCUUUAAAUCGUUGCCAUGACGACUGUACCGCUAAGAAUAUUACCUUUAGUAGGUCAUUGAAAUCUAAGUAUUGGAACUGCGAAUCGUCUAUUUAUUAUUUCAAUAUUUAUAGAUUAGUUUAGAUUUCUAUAACUUUCCGCCAGGAUUGCACUGUUCUCAACUUUUUUAUAGCAUGUUGUAUAUAACAUAAACAAAUAUCAGCUAGGUUUGCUGUCGUUUAAAAACUUUACCCUUCAAGGGUAAUAUUGUGUAAGUGAAAAGCGAAAAUCUCGAAUUCAUAGAAACUCCAUUUUGGACCAAAAUUAUAAGCAAAUGUUGAUCUCAGUAUUGGAUUGCAACAUUAAAGUGGAGUCUACUUUAUCACAGCUUCUUGCGUCGGUGUUUAUUUAAGGAUUUCUGUGACAUUACAUAUCGUCAAUUUCGGCUUAGGGUCUAUAUUUUAGUAUGAAGUAUUAAAGUGAAAGUGAUACCCUUAAGCGAUAAAGUGGACUUUUCUUUGAAUAAGUUUCUGUGAGCUCGAUAAGUGUAUUUGUUGGUUAGACAUGUAGUGAAUCGCCUUAUUUUUAUUUGCUCUAGGUUAAGGGAAAUUAUUGUAAAGUUUAAAUUGUUUUAUAGCUUCAAUUAUGACAAUAGUAAAUAUUCUCCUAAUAGGUUCAAACGAAAUCAUGUUAUCACUGUUGGCGCCGUAGAAUCUAUAUUUUUAUUCCAUGAAGUGAUUAUUUAAUUAAUUGUGUUGAUAAAACGUUUUAAACCCACAUCUUUCUUCUUAUAUAAUUGUAAAUAAGAAUGAAUGGUAAUUAGUUAUUCUACGGAGUCAGCAGAUAUAUGCUCGACACAUACUGUUAAGAAUGUUAUCAUAAACUACUUUGAAAUCAUGUUUGUUAAGUAUUGAGUGCAUUUACUUAAUCAUGUUUUCUUUAUACUGAUAUCACAAAUACCAAAACUAAUAAUGUAUUUUGAAUGUUGAAUAUUUUAAUUCUGAAUUAUGCAUGUAAGUUCCAAGUUAUUUAAAGAUUUAUCAAAUAUUACGUAUAUCACAGUAUUGCUAGUACUCGUGUACAACAAUUUAAAUUAACUAGACUAAAAUUCUAGCAACUGACUUGAAGUGAUAUUUAUCCUGUUAAUUGAGAUUAUGAUUAAGCCCUCUUAAUUUAAAGUUCUUUUAUACCUGACGGACUUUUGCUGUAUUUUGUGUAUGUCAGAAUCAGCACCAGGAAUCAGAAGCCAAUCAAUGAUUAAGUAAAUGUAACUGCACUUAAGUUAUUCCAAGUUAGUUAAAAAAUAUUUUUUAAGUAGUUAACCUAAAAUUAUGUACAAGAUGUGUAAUGUUAAGUAAUGCAUUACUGAACACCAAAUAAAUUAAAAGAACAUUGUCUAUUAUAAAAGAAAUUCAAUAUAUUUACAUGUUUAUACGAGUUGAGUGUGCGAUGUGUGAAUGUUUUUUAUACGAUUAGAGAUUUUGGUUAAGUGCGGUAAUAUUUUGUGUUCAUUUAAAGAUUGUAACUACGACCAGAGUGUAUAAAUUCUAAAUUAAAAGCAUUCAGAAUGCCUGAACCUGUUUUAGUAUUAAGUUAAACUGUAAUUAAAAAUCCGAGUGUGUAUUUCUCCGCUAUGUACCUAAGAACGGUAAGAUUUGUGCCACUCUGUUUUAUGUUGUAAUAUCUGAAUGGGAGGUACAUACUUGGAUAAUCGACACUUAUUUGCAAUAAAGAAUUUGUUAAUAUA